AUGAAACUAUCAGGUACCGAUCCUUACUUACCCCAGAAAUCACACAAACUCCUCGCUCUUGUGGUUCUUUUUCAGAAUCUGCGAAUUAAUGAGAUAGACGGCCUGCCUGACGAGAGGAACAUCUCAGACGAAGACGGGAAUUCCCUCAAAGUCGGGGUCCUGGAUGGACGCCUGGUGCCUCCUUUUGGGGAGUCAAACUACAGGAAACUUCCAGACAUACCCAUCAGAGAUGAUGACGUCGUCCUUAUAGGGUAUCCUAAAGCAGGCUGUCAAUGGACCUGGCAGAUCCUGUCUAUGAUUGUCGCAGGCAAAUCCUGCUAUUCAGAACUGGGUAAAGUGAUCAGUUUCCUGGAGUUUGCUUCGCGGGAGAUGAUUGAUGAGCUCCCCUCUAGGCGGAUACUCAACACCCAUCUUUGGUUGGACUACGUGCCCAGACAGGUAACGGAGAAGAAAACAAAGAUUGUGUUCACAGUCAGAAACCCAAAAGACACUGCAGUUUCGUUUUACAACCAUUAUAAGUCAUUGAUCAAUCUGUAUGGAUACAAGGGACCAUUCAACAAAUGGUUUCCACUUUAUAUGGAAGGUCAAGUGGACUACGGAUCCUAUUUUGACUAUCAUCAAGAAUGGGAUCGAGCCAUCGACAACAACCCUGACUUGCCAAUCUUGAUUGUUUCAUACGAAGAUAUGAAAGAGGACCUGCCCCGGGAGAUCAGAAAGCUGUCGGAGUUUGUUGGCGCCACUUUGAGCGACCAGCAAGUGGAGUCGAUUGCCCAGGCUGCACGAUUUGACACCAUGAAGCAAGCCUUAAAUGCCAGGGUCUCACACAAACUGCUGAGGAAAGGUGAGGUGGGAGACUGGAAGAACUGGCUGACAGUUGCACAAAGUGAGAUGGUGGACGCCGCCGUUGAGCAGAAGUUGAAGGGCACCCGCUUUGUCUUUCCAAGAUAUACCAUAUAA